GGAGCCCCUGGAGGUCUCUUGGGAUUCCCCGAGGCAGGACGACCCAAAGCUUUUGAGAAAAGAAGUGGGAGCGUCCCUGAAGGGACCAGAGCUGCUUCUGCCCAUUUCGACGUGUUAGCACCUCAGGCGCAGAAAAUAGAGGGAUCUGCUGAACCUACGUUAAAUUUUUUGUAGAGGAAACUACAGAAGAAAUGUCAGAUACAGAAGAAAACCUCCUAGAAGAAUCAAGAGAAAGUGGAGAGAUGGAGGAGGAGGAGAAGGAGGAGAUGAAGAAGGAGGAGGAGGAGGAAGAGGAGAGGGAGAAGGAGGAGGAGGAGGAAGAGGAGGGGAAGGAGAAGGAGGAGGAAGAGGGGAAGGAGAAGGAGGAGGAAGAGGAGGGGAAGGAGAAGGAGGAGGAAGAGGAGGGGGAGAAGGAGGAGGAAGAGGAGGGGAAGGAGAAGGAGGAAGAGGAGGGGAAGGAGAAGGAGGAGGAGGAGGGGAAGGAGGAGGAGGAAGAGGAGGGGGAGAAGGAGGAGGAAGAGGAGGGGGAGAAGGAGGAGGAAGAGGAGGGGGAGAAGGAGGAGGAAGAGGAAGGGGAGAAGGAGGAGGAAGAGGAGAAAAAGGAGGAGGAGGAGGAGGAAGAGGGGAAGGAGAAGGAGGAGGAAGAGGAGGGGAAGGAGAAGGAGGAGGAAGAGGAGGGGGAGAAGGAGGAGGAAGAGGAAGGGGAGAAGGAGGAGGAAGAGGAGAAAAAGGAGGAGGAGGAGGAGAAGGAGGAGGAGAAGGAGGAGGAGAAGGAGGAAUAUAAUCCAAGUUUUGAAGAAGAUGCUCUGCAGCAGAGCCUAACUGAGGGCUCACUGUCAUGGGAGGAAUCUCAGGAGGAUGGAGAGGGGCUGGAGGAGUGGAUGGAGAAGGAGGAGCAGAGAGAGGCAGAGGAAGUGAGAGGGGAGGAAGAAAGAGAAGUGAGAGGAGGGGAAGAGGAAGAGGGAUGGGAGGAAGAGAAGAGCGGUGAAGAGGAAAAAAGUGAGGAGAGCGAGAGAAGUAAGGAAAGGGGAGGUGAGGAAGAGGGCCAGGAGAAGGAAGAGGCAGAGCAUGAGGGGGAAAGGGAGGAGGGAAGAGAAGAGGAGGAGAAAGAGAAGAGUGGGGGGUGGGAGGAGGAGGAGGAGGAAGAUACUGUCUUAAAGACAACUGAGAGAAAAGCUGGACGAGCCCAGGAGGAAAAGAAAAAGAAGCAAAACAAAACAGCCCUGGUGGACGAAAUUGUCAUCAGCCACGAGCCACCCAGGUCAAGCUCCUCCCUGGCUAGUCCGGAAGUAAGCCAGAUUUACAAAGAUAUCAGUAUGAAAGUAGAUGAUACCGAGGAAGCCGGUCAGAAGCCUGAAGACGUUUUAGCCCAAGGAAAGGAUGAAGCAAGACUCUCCCUGGAAGAAGGACGAACAUUAUUCCAGUCCAAAGGACUGAGUGCGGAGGAGUCACUGGUGUCCGUCUCCACAGAGGACACCUUAUUCCAGAAGGAGGAGGACUCCAAGGUGUACCCUUUGAGCAUGACCUGGUCCUUUGGCUGGAACAGUUCCCUCCCUGUCUACUACAUGCAGGAAAACAGGAGAGUCAUUCUCUACAUCUGUGCUCACACCGCUGUCAUGUACGACGUCUUCAGGAACACCCAGUACCAUCUGCAGAUGUUAAUGGGACAUAAAUAUUCCGUUGCACAGACAGAUCAUUCUUUGUAAUGUUUUUUGGUAGGUUUGGCUGGGUUCAGACUCCCUGGGAAGCCAGGUAUCCCUCUGCAAGGACCGCCCCUCUGGGUUCUUUUUUUCAGAAUCCCGGUGCACACCAUAUUUGACAGCUGUCCAGAAGGUAAUGGCAUGAGGUCAAUAGCCAUCACCCGUGACUCCAAGUUUCUGGCCACCAUCUCAGAUUCUGCAACCCAGAAAGUUUGCAUCUGGAAGUGGACUUUGGCAGUGGAGACGCCCGCAUGCACACUUGAGCUUCCCAAAGAGUAUGGUUUCCAGGAUAACCUCGUCUUCAACCCAGCCAACAACAAAGAGUUGGUGAGCAACAGCAAGACUCAGGCCGUCUACUACUGCUGGUUUGAAGACAAGGGUAUACUUGCUCACAGUGCCCCGGUUUUAACAGAGAAAACGUUCAACAAACUUGUGGGGAAAUUUAGCCAGUCUGUCUUUCACUUGAAGUUACCACAAGUACUGUCAGCAACCAAGGAAGGGAAGCUGGUCGUCUGGGACAUACACUACCCAUCUUCCACCCCCUCCUCCGCCAUCUCGGCCUUCCCUUUCAUCAAGCCUCGUAAACUGGUCCAUUUACAGAAGGAGGCCAUCACGGUGCUCAUGACAAUCGACAGCUACAUUGUCACCGGCGACAUUAAGGGCAACAUUAAGUUCUACGACCACACCCUCUCCGUGGUCAACUGGUACAGCAACUUCAAACUGGGCGCCAUAAGGACUCUGUCCUUUUCAAAAACCGUUCCAAGCCCGCCGACCGAGAAGUCCAACCUCCCCACAGACUGCACUCUCAGAGGCGACCUUUUCGUUGUCAGGAAUUUUAUCAUUGGGACGUUUGACGCCACCGUGUACCACAUGACCGUGGAUGGCACCAAACUUGAGAAGCUCUUCGUGGAACCCAGGGACGCUGUCCAUGCCAUCUCCUGCCACCCGUACCAACCCCUCAUCGCAGUCGGGAGUGUCUGCGGGAUGAUCAAGGUGUGGGACUUCGAGAAGAAGGUCUAUCUGUUCAGCAGGACCUUCGAGAAGGGGCUUGGAGUCCAGUGUCUGACCUACAACCCCGAAGGAGCCCUGCUUGGAGCUGGAUUCACCGAGGGGACAGUGUAUAUUCUUGAUGCGAUGUCUUUAGAAAAUGAAAGCCCGGAGCCCUUCAAAUAUUCCAAAAGCAGCGUGUCCCACUGCUGCUUCUCACACGACUCCAAUUACAUGGCGACGGCCGACGUCAACUUCACCGUGGCCGUCUAUAUGGUGGUGGUCAAAAAUGGACAAAGGGUCUGGGAGUAUUUGGCAAGACUUCGCUCUCACCAAAACAGCAUCCAAAGCCUCCUGUUUGGCGUCCACCUGGACAGCAAUGAGCCCAGGCUGCUGAGCCUCGGGAAAGACAGAUUCUUGAUCGAGUACAAUCUUGUCAAGAGCUGCAAAGACCACCUGGAUGUCCUGGACGUUCACCGGACAGACCAGGGCAACUACCCGACCUGCAUGAUCUGGUACCCUCCGCUCACCAAGGAACUCUUCCUGCUCAUCUGCAACAGCGGCUACAAAGUGAAGCUCUUCAAUGCCACCACGAAGAUGUGCAGAAAGACGCUCCUUGGACCUGCGUAUGGGUCGCCUAUUGAGCAUGCACAGGUGCUCCCCGUAAAGUCCACGCUAGAGCUGCAGAAGCGAUACUUGGUGUUCAUUAACAAGGACAAGGUUGGACUCCAGAUCUUACCAGUUGACGGCAACCCCCACAAAACGUGUGCUAUCGUUUGCCACCCAAACGGGGUGGCUGGAAUGGCCCUUUCCUACGAUGGCCACUUUGCCUUCACAGCCGGAGGCCAAGAUCGCUCAGUGGUGCAGUGGAAAAUUAACUUAGGGGCCCUGGAGGCGGCCGUUUCCCUUGGGGGUGAAGACUUGACCCCGUUCUAUGGUCUGGUGUCUGGUGGCAGGGAAGGAAAAUUCUACAGGGAGUUGGAGGACUAUUUUUACUACUCUCAGAUCCGCAGUCAAGGUAUCGAUACAAUGGAGACCAGGCAGGUGUCGGAACACAUUUGCCUGUCGGAGCUACCUUUUGUCAUGAGAGCGAUCGGCUUUUACCCGUCGGAGGAGAAGAUUGAGGACAUGUUUAAUGAGAUCAAGUUCAGCGAAUACGUGGAGACCGGGAAGCUCAUUGACAAGAUCAACCUCCCAGAUUUCCUCAAAGUUUACCUUAACCAUAGGCCACCUUUCGGCAACACCAUGGAUGGCAUCCAGAACAGCUUCAACGUGCUGGGUUACACCAAUUCGGAAGGGAAAAAGGCCAUUCAGAGAGAGGAUUUCCUGAACUUACUCCUUACCAAAGGUGAGCACAUGACAGAAGAAGAGAUGGUUGACUGUUUCUCAACUCUGUUUGGCCUGACUCCGGAGGGGUGGAAAUCGGAGCCUGCAGCCACCUGCAUCAACGGUCCAAAAAUCUGCCUCCAGAAAGAGCUUCCCGAGGAAAUCACUGCAGAAAUAUUCACGACGGAAAUUCUUGGCUUAACCCUUUCCGACAGCUCGGAACAGCUCACUCAGUGAUGUCAUUGGCGAUACUGGCAGCACAAAGGGCUCCGUGUGUGCUUGCACAUGUGUGUGCAUGUUCCAAGAGGUGUUCCCUUUUCUGUCCAUGCCCACCCCCACCAACCCCAGCCUAAUCUUUGGAGCAUUUUAGACAUUAAAAGCAAAUUUCUC